GAACAAGAUUGUGGACCAGUGUGAGAGGCUGCAAAUACAGAGUGCUACCAUCACCAAGUAUAUGGCUGAUGUCCUGCCAGGGAAGAACCAGAGAGCAGUGAGCAUGGCCAGUGCAGCGCGGGAACUGGUCAUCCAGCGGCUGGGUCUGGUGAGGAGUCUGUGCGAGAGCGAGGAGCAGAGGUUGCUGGAACAGGUGCAUGAUGAAGAGGAGCGGGCCCACCAGAGCAUCCUGACGCAGCGAGCACACUGGGCCGAGGCGCUGCAGAAGCUCGACGCCAUCCGCACCAGCCUGGUGGACAUGCUUACCCAUCUGGACGACUUCCAGCUGAUUCAGAAGGAGCUGGAGAUUUUUGAGCGGACCGAGGAAGCAGAAGGCAUUUUGGAUCCCCAGGAGUCAGAAAAGUUAAACUUUGAUGAGAAGUGCACUCGGAGCCCACUACUGACCCAACUCUGGGCAACAGCUGUUCUUGGGACCCUCUCAGGCACGGAGGAUGUGCGUAUUGAUGAGAGGACUGUCAGCCCCUUCCUGCAAUUGUCAGAUGAUCGAAGGACCCUGACCUUCAAUGCCAAGAAGUCCAAGGCCUGUACAGAUGGCCCGGAGCGCUUUGACCACUGGCCCAAUGCCCUGGCCACCACUUCCUUCCAGGCUGGGCUGCAUGCCUGGGUGGUGAACGUCCAGAACAGUUGUGCCUAUAAGGUGGGCGUGGCCUUAGGCCAGCUGCCCCGCAAGGGUUCUGGCAAUGACUCUCGUCUGGGCUACAAUGCCUUCUCCUGGGUCUUCUCCCGCUACGACCAGGAAUUCCGUUUCUCACACGGUGGGCAGCACGAGUCCCUGGGGCUGCUGCGUUGCCCAGCUCUGCUGGGGGUGCUGCUGGACUUGCAGGCACAGGAGCUGCUAUUCUACGAGCCGGCCUCAGGCACGGUGCUCCACACCCACCACGCAUCCUUCCCUGGACCCCUCUUCCCAGUCUUUGCUGUGGCUGACCAGACCAUUUCCAUCGUCCGCUGACCUUUGGCCAUGGAGAGGCCAGGUCUGCCUCCCCACCACCUUUUCAGGCCAUGCUUCUACCCAGUGUCCCUUCCUCAAAUGUUGCCUGUGCCUAAUGGGCAGUUUUAGGAGGGGUUCUACGUACAAUGGUUAAAUGCUGGGUAUCUGUGAGGAACCUGCUACAUCCCCGGCCUUGGUCUCCAGAAUCCACCAUGCAUCUGCUCCUUUGAGGGUCUUGUUCACCUCUUUAACUCUGGCAUCCAGCAUGGUGACUGGUGCAUAGUGAGUAUGCAAUAAACAUUUGGCAAGCGAGCGGAUGGUUGGAUGGAUGGAUGGAUGGACGGGUGGGUGGACAGGUCACUGAGUGCAUGUGAUGGAUUCUUCUGGGGAAUCACCACCCCCAGUAUAAGCCGUUCUCUGGCAGAAAAGCCUGUGACUGAAGCUCUUUCGUCCCCUUAAUUCAGUGCCUCUCAAUCCUUUUCAUGACAUGGCACAUAGAGAGACUAUUUUUCUAACACACAAGACAAUCUGGAAGGGAUUUAGAACUCCUGCCAGGCUGCUGUUGGCUAGAGGACUGUGGCCUGGUGGGGGCUCUAUCCUUCCCCAGGUCCUGCCUGGCUACUCAGAAGGCUCAGGGGAUCCUGUCUCCAGGUAACCUGUCUGCAACACACCCAUCAGCCACGCAGCCUCCAGCCCGUGACCGCCUGUAGAAAAAGGAACGAAUCUUCCCCCAACUGCAGCCUUCUCUUACAUAAUAUGGAGACCCGGGGUGAGGUCUUCAAACCAUAAAGAGCUGAGGGAGUAAGAGGGCCAGCCUUAGGGAACAUGUACUUUAUUAAAGGUUUUAAAAGAUUGAAAAAUUUUUCAUGUUCUUUGUUGGUAAUUGGAAAAAGCCCCCACGUGCCAGCUCAGAUCUUAGUGGUGCAUUUGCUGGGAAAUUGAUGCCUUCUUCGUCCUCAUCCAUAUUCCCAGAUAUAAGCGGGAGGCAGCUCAGCAUACAUAGCUGAAAGAGCCUGAGACAGGGUUCGGUGCCCUGCGUAGCUGGGUCCAAGGGCAAGUUCCUUACUGUUCUCUGAGGAGGCCACAUUAGAACAGGGGUCCUCCUAUUUUUGUCUCAUCUGGGAACACAGUUCAUAGGCAAUCUUACCUACAGGGCUCCUAGGCUCAGAGAUGGGGGCCAGAGCCCUCCCCACCCUUAAGUUUGCUCAAUAAUUUACUUGAAACGGUGGAUCAAAUCAACUUGUUUGGUAGACAUGACUUCUGAGGCCCUUGCAGCUCUUAAGACCACAGCUCAUGAUCCAUGUCCUCACUGCCUGACACUUGGGAAUUAAUUCUGAAUCACCGGGCCUUGGCACCAAGCCCAAGGAAGACAGACCUGCAAGAGGUAUGGCCAAGUCUGAAAAGAGCUUCAGUCCACAGUUCACAGGCCCACUGCCCAGAAUGCCCCUCUUACCCCUCUGCCCACUUACAUUCCACCCCCAGUUCAGGGUCCCUCCAGAGCCCUCCCUGUGCUUCCCCACCUCCAUGCUAUAUCCCUACGAGUGGGGUGCCCUUCAGGCUGCCCCCCAGGACACCUUCCCUGUUCUCCCUGGAUCUCCACUGCAUUGUCUCACGUGGCACAGAUCCCUUUCUACUUGCAACCUGGCAGUCAAGCUGAUGGGCUUUGGAGUCAGAGACAUGCCUACAUGGGAACCCCAGCUCCAGCAGGUACUUGCAGUGACCUCAGGCGGGAUACUUAACCCAUGAAUCCAUUUCCUUGCUUGUAAGGUGGAAGUCACACAACCUAGGCCCACUUGGUAGCUCUGAAGGUUAUAUAUGCAUAUAAAGGAGGCCUUAGCAGAGUACCUGCCACACGGCAAGCAUACAUCAAGUUUCUUCCCAUGACUAUAAUUAGGGUGUUCUUUGUCUAAAUAUUCCCCUUCAGACUACGUGUC